UGCCCAGCUCGGCACUCGGCACGGCGCGGCAGUUCACAGUUGACUCAUGACUGUCGGCAUAGCAACAGGUUGUAUCUUUACGUAAACCUUCUAGUUUCUGUGUGUAGUAAACUUUCGGUGCUGCAUUUUAGACUAGUUUGUUGGUUAAUAUUCGUUAGUUCAGUCAGUGAAAAUGAAAAGUUUCAUAUACUAUUCAGAAUCAUCAGAUUUUCCGAUAGAAAAUCUACCCUACGGUGUUUUUAACACGGAACAAGAUGAAAACAAAAGGAUUGGUGUCGCAAUUGGGGACAAAAUUCUUGACUUGAGCAAAAUUAGCCACUUAUUUAAUGGACCUGAAUUAAAAAAUCAUCAAGAUGUUUUCACUAAAAGUGAAUUGAACAGUUUUAUGGCUCUUCCCAGAGCUGCAUGGAAGGAGGCUCGCAGAUGCCUGCAAAAUCUAAUAUCACCCAACUGCAAAGAUCUUCAGUCCCUGCCUGAAGUGUUUGUUGAUCAAAGUGAGGCUGUGAUGCACUUACCUGUAAAUAUUGGAGAUUACACAGAUUUCUACUCCUCUUUGUACCAUGCUCGGAAUGUGGGUGCUAUGUUUAGAGGAGAACGAGCUGCACUGCUUCCUAACUGGAAACACAUACCCGUUGGUUAUCAUGGGAGAGCAUCAUCUGUUGUGGUGUCCGGAACCCCCAUUCGGCGCCCCAAUGGCCAAACUUGCCCUGUAGCAGGAGAGCCUCCUACUUUUGGACCUUCCCAAAACAUGGACUUUGAAUUGGAAGUGGGAUUUUUCUAUGGUGGAGCUCCAAACUGCCUUGGAGAGCCAAUUUCAAUGAAAGAUGCUGAAGAUCACAUCUUUGGAUUUGUUCUUAUGAAUGACUGGAGUGCUCGUGACAUUCAAAAGUGGGAAUAUGUUCCUCUGGGCCCAUUUUUAUCCAAGAACCUGGGGACAACUAUAUCUCCCUGGAUUGUCACCAUGGAGGCUUUAGAGCCUUUUAAGACUGAAAAUGAAGUGCAAGAUCCGGAGCCAUUCCCAUACUUAAAACAUGACGACAAGUACAAUUUUGAUAUUAACUUAACUGUUGAUCUUAAAUGUGCUGGGUCUUCAGUUGAGACAAGAAUUUCACACACAAACUAUAAAUACCUUUACUGGACUCCUAAACAGCAGCUAGUACAUCAUACUAUAACAGGAUGUACUAUGAAACCAGGAGAUCUGUUGGCAUCUGGCACAAUCAGUGGACCCUGUCAAAACUCAUAUGGCUCCAUGCUAGAACUCGCAUGGAAUGGUACAAACCCAGUUCAAAUAUCAGAUGAAGAGACAAGAAAGUUUUUACAUGACGGCGAUGAAGUUAUAUUCAAAGGUUAUUGCCUAGGAGACGGAUUUAGAGUUGGAUUCGGAUCUUGCACUGGAAAACUUCUCCCUGCUGUUCCACUUGAGUUGUAAUCAUAAAAAUUAAAAUUUAAGCUGACAUAAAUUU